AUGGGCAGAGAAAUCCGGCGAAUCGCUAGCUUUGGAGUCCGACUUGAUGAAACUGAAGAUGGGGAGUUAGUGGGAAUCACACCCUCUCAAUCUGAUAUUGUGGAGAGAAUCAAGUCCAAGCAAUACGAAGAUGGACUGCUACGACAGGAAUUGUUGGUGGAGGCAUAUAGUUAUGAAUACUCUGUGCAUUUGGUAUCCACAGAGAUGUAUAAAGAUUUGAAGCAACACUAUUGGUGGAAGAGCAUAAAGGUUGAUAUCUCUAACUUUGUAGCUAAUUGGUUGAACUGUCAACAGAUAGACGGGCAGGCAGAGAGAAAUAUACAAACUCUGGAAGACAUGUUGCGAGCUUGUGCAAUUGAUUUUGAUGGUAAUUGGGAUGAACAUCUACCUCUUGUGGAAUUCACGUACAACAAUAGUUAUCAACCAAGUAUCCAGAAGGCUUCGUAUGAAGCACUUUAUGGGAGGCAUUGUAGAUGUCCAAUUGGGUGGUUUGACCCUAUUGAAGUAGAACUAUUGGGUCCUGACUCAGUUCGACAAGCAAUAAAGAAGGUGAACCUCAUUGUGCAAUGA